CAGCUGCUUUUCGCGGGUUGACUUUCUACAUCUGGCAGCCUGCACAGAUUUUUGGCGCAUAUCUUGGCGUCUUUAUCCUGAUUUUGUGGACCCUUGGCUGUCAUUUGGAGACCAUAAACAUGUCCAAGAAGCUGAACACCAGUGUGGGUGGAACGCCCACAAACACACUGUUUAAUUACUUCAGCAAAUCGCCGGCUGUCGACAAGAAAAAGCUGACGCCCAGCGGAAAAGCCGAUCCAGAGACCACCACCGAAAAGGAGAACCUCAAGAAUGUACAACCGAAAGUGGAAACACCAAAGGCGGUAUCUAAGCCGGCGGCCAAGAGGAAGCUGCCCAUGUCCGGGGAUGAGCAGGAGACCAAUGGCCAGCACAAGCGAAAGCGCAUCAUUCAACCCGAAUCGGAGAGCGAGGAGGAAAUGGAAGAGACCAAGUCCGAGGAGGACUUUUCCGAGGGCGCCUCCGACUACGAACCGGAUGCCAAUGAAGCCAGCGACGACAGCGUCAGCAGCGGUGAGGAGGAAGUAGAGGAAUCCAGCGACAUGGACACUUCCGUAGACAGUCCCGUGGUCAAGAAGUCGCGCAAGAAAGCCAAGAACGUCAAUAACAAUAAUAAUAACAUUGAGCCAUCUACCAAGAAGGUUAAGCUGGAGCUGACCGAGGGAUCCACCUUCCAGGAGAAGCUCAAGAACCUGCAGAGCAAUGCCAAGAAGGAUGCCGCCUACGAUGAUAUAGUGACCAGCACCUCGAACCUGGACGAGCCUGUGAUAUGGCCACAUCAGAAACUGGAGUUCCUGCAGCCCGACAAAAUCAAGGACAAGGCGGGGCGAAGGCCAGAUCAUCCGGAUUACGACGGCAGCACUUUGCAUGUGCCGGAGAAGUUCCUCAACAGCCUGUCGCCGGGUGUACGCCAGUGGUGGGUCCUCAAGUCGGACAACUACGACUGUGUGCUGUUCUUCAAGGUGGGCAAGUUCUAUGAGCUCUACCAUGGCGAUGCGGAUGUGGGUGUCAAUGAGCUGGGCUUCACCUAUAUGAGGGGGGAGUUUGCACACUCGGGUUUCCCGGAGAUAUCCUUCGACAAGAUGUCUACCAUUCUCAUAGACAGGGGAUACAAGGUGGCUCGCGUGGAGCAAACGGAAACCCCGGACAUGAUGACCGAACGCUGCAAGCGUAUAAAGGCCACCAAAUUCGACAAGGUGGUGGCCCGCGAGAUCUGUCAAAUCACCAAUCGCGGCACCCAGGUCUUUGGUUCCCAGUGCCAAAUUGGACCCAAUCAUCAGCCUAAUUAUAUGCUGGCCCUGGUCGAGCAGGAUGAGGGCACUUGGAGUCGCUAUGGUGUGUGCUUCAUAGACACCUCCAUUGGGGAUUUCCAUCUAGGGGAGUUUGAGGAUGACAAGAACUGUUCUCGGCUGCUGACGCUGCUCUCCCAUCAUAUGCCAGUGCUGCUCCUCAAUGAGAAAUCCUCUUUAAGUCAGCGUUCUCAGCAAAUUGUGCGCACAGUCCUGGGUGGCAUCCUCCGCGAGCAGCUGCCCAGCAAUGGACCCCAAGGCUGCAAUGCUGAGAAAACCCUCAAACUCCUGGCCGAGCGCUAUUAUGCCGGCAAGGCUGAUGGUUCUGAUGACAAUUGGCCGCUGGUCUUGCGCACCAUGCAGUCGGAUUUGGAUCACUUGGGUCUCACGCCCAACGAGGACUACAAGCUGGCCCUGAAGGCCCUGGGUCAGUGCAUCUUCUUCAUACACAAAUGCAAGCUGGAACCAAAGGUUUUGCCUAUGGCGCGUUAUCAGCUUUAUGUGCCGCCCGAUCAGUUGGCGGAAGAGCAAGCUGCCAAACCGAAGGCCUCCUUAAGACGCUCCCACAUGGUCUUGGAUGCCACAACUUUGUCCAAUCUCAGAAUUAUAGGCGAGGAUCACUCGUUGCUCUCCACUUUGGAUCACUGCUGCACCAAGUUUGGUAAGCGUCUGCUGCAUCACUGGCUCUGUGCCCCCAGCUGCGAUGUGGCUGUGAUUGAGGAGCGCCAAGAGGCCAUUGGGGAGUUGAUAAGAAUGUCCAGCGAGCUGCAGGAGAUGCGAGCCCUGCUGGCUCCCAUGCCGGAUUUCGAGAGGAAUCUGGCUCAGAUUCACCUAUUUGGCAACAAGCAAAUCAAGGAUAUGAAUCAUCCCGACUCUCGGGCCAUUCUUUUCGAGGAAAAGCUUUACAACAAGCAGAAGCUGCGUGGCUUUAUCAGCGUUUUGAACGGCUUCAAUUCCCUGACCAAGCUGCCCAUGAUUUUCCAUCAAUGCGAGUCGGCUUUGCUAAAGAGAAUUACCCAGCUUCCGCAAUCUGGGGGGACAUUUCCCGAUCUUAGCAAGGAACUCAAGUAUUUUGCCACCGCCUUUGAUCACGAGGCAGCAGGCAAGACAGGAGUGAUUGCUCCUCAAGCGGGAAUGGAUGCGGAGUACGACUCGGCCAUGGAUGCCAUAGAGGUAAUAGAGGGACGCCUGAAGACCUAUCUGGUGGAGCAAGAGCGUCACUUUGGCUGUCGUGUCAUCUACUUUGGUAGCGACAAGAAACGCUAUCAGUUGGAGGUGCCCGAGACGCAUGCCAAUAAGGCCAAUAAAUCCUAUUCCUUGGAGGGACAAACCAAAGGCAAGAAGCCUUCACGACGCUACACCACCGCGGAGACGCGUGCCUUCCUCAAGGACAUGCAGCAGGCGGAGGAUACACGGAAUAUGGUUUUAAAAGACUUGGCACGUCGCCUUUUUGAAAAGUUCUCCAAUCACUACGAACAGUGGAAGCAGUGCAUCGAUUGUGUGGCCAAUCUGGAUGUCCUGGGCUCCCUGGCGGAGUAUGCAGGACAACAGAUGACCAUCUGUGUGCCAGAGCUGGUUUCUGGCGCGGAACAACCGUUCAUACAGCUGGAGGAGGGCUAUCAUCCGUGUGUGAAUGCCUCCACUUAUAUACCCAAUGGCUUGGAGUUGGGCACGGAAAAGGAGGCGCCGCUGUCUUUACUCACAGGACCCAAUAUGGGCGGCAAGAGUACGCUGAUGAGAGAGCUGGGAUUGCUGGUGAUCAUGGCGCAAAUUGGUGCACACAUUCCCGCUGCCAGCUGCCGCCUCUCCCUGGUAGACAGAAUCUUCACUCGCUUGGGUGCCCAGGAUGACAUCCUAGCUGGACACAGUACCUUCCUCGUGGAGCUCAAUGAAACCUCGCUGAUUCUCAAGCAUGCCACCUACCAUUCGCUGGUUUUACUUGAUGAACUAGGACGCGGCACAGCCACCUAUGAUGGCACUGCCAUAGCCGCCUCUGUGGUCAACUUCCUGGCCAACCUCAAGUGUCGCACUUUGUUCUCCACUCACUACCACAAUCUGAUUGACUUUUUCCACAACGACAAAAGGAUCACGCUGGGCCACAUGGCCUGCAUGGUGGAAAACGAAGACAAUGCAGAUCCCACCCAGGAAACGGUUACGUUCCUCUACAAAUACACAGCUGGAGCCUGUCCCAAGUCUUAUGGCUUCAAUGCAGCCAAGCUGGCGGGCAUGCCGCAUGGCAUCAUCAAGAGAGCCUAUGAGCUUUCCAAGAAAGUGGAAGCCAUUGCUUUGCAGCGGAAAAUUACAGCAAAAAUUGUGGCUGCAGCAGCAGGAAAAGAAGAAGCCAAAAAGGAAAAAUUAAAUGUUUUAAAGGAUUUAUUGCAGCAGCUGAAAAUGUGUCAUGUUUAAGAGAUUGAAAUGAUAUGCUCCUUUUGAGGCUUUCUAUAAAGGAUAUAAUUUUUCAGUGAAUUUCCUUUUAUGUUGUCUAAUUUUGUAAUUUGUCUUAAAACAUCCUUGAUGUUCUUUGAAGUAUACGUGGCUUUUUGAGCUUAUUUUCAGUA